AUGGCAACUCGCCUGCAACUCUGCAGCUGCAGCGGCGGCACUGCCGCCGGCAGUCUGCCGGCGCAGACUCUGCGAGCUCUGCCCUGCUCGUCCAGCGCAGCGCGGACUGCUGCUGCCCGGCCUCGUCUCCCGCACAACAACAAGCCAUCACAGCCUGGGCGCAUGGACGCCCGCAGCAGCAGCGAGACGGAGACGAAGGCGGAUGAGAGGGCUCCGUCUCCGGUCGAUGCCUGCCAGCGCAGGCUCCGCUUCAACCGCCUUGCUCCAGUGGCCCGCGUGUCCCAGCGGCCAGCGGGUUUCCCCUCGCUUGACUGA